CGUGGCGGCGAUGGAUGAGAUGUUUCUGCUCAUGUUGCCUUCGUCUGCGUCAGCAUCAGUGUUCUCCAGCCUCGUAACCAAACCGCUAGCAGGCUAGCACCCGCAGCGUCCCGUCACUGGUGCUUUCCUGUCUUCUAGCUGGGUUUGCCUCGCCGUGACUCGGUGAGACUCCGUCACGUGGCUUCACAUCUGGACUCCUCCAUCGAGAGGAAGACAGACGUACGUGGGUGUCGACCGUGACGCUGAUUGUGGUAAUAACGAUGGCGCCCGUCGUUCCGGCGCUGCCACUGCAAAUGGCCCGAGCGCAGCACAAGGAAGAAAUGAGCAGCGACAAGCAGAGACACGGCCAAAAAAACCUGAUUUGAAUGAUGGAAUUUCCCAGCCCCGACGGGCGAGCCGCUCCACGAACGCUGUCCCUUCGUCGGCCGGGCGGCCAUCUUGCCGCGCCGCCUUCGCUUCACAUGACAACAAACACCAAAGAGACAAGCAGCGUUGAGAACAUCCCGGCGUUUGCCUUUGAAGGGAGCGAUCCGGCCGCGCUCAUUUGAAUUAUUAACAGACAGACAAGAGAACACAGAGGGGAGACGGAGAGAUGGAUUUCAGUGUGAGCAGGAAAACAGUGGAGCUCAAACGCAGACGCUCCAUCAGGGCGGUUCCUUAGUGUCAUGGCCGUCGAGGAGAGCGAUAAACAGCGCCUUCACAGUUCAGCUCUGAGAUUCCUUGUGCAGUGACGCCGCCGUCCUGUGUGGCCCUGUGGAGGCUCUUGAGGCUGGAGCCUGUGCACGUACUGCUGAAGCGCAGCUCUCCGCACGGCUCACCCUGCCUCACCGUCGGGCUCUUUGCUCUGGAUCCCCACUGUUCCUGUGUGACUUCAUUGAUUCAUGUGUCCUCCCUGGAGAGUCUCCACGGGGUCCUCACACUGGCACCCCCUGUUGGCGUCGCAGAAUAUCUAAACGUUGAUAACAAACCUAAUAUAAGCACACGGUGGUGAAGUCUUUGUGGUCAAUAUGCUGCUACAAACCACGGCAGUUUUGCCAGCAUGAACUGGCUGACCACAGACUGGGGCCCCGUCAUGGCCGCAGUGCUGGCGCCUCUGCUCCGUCCAACAUUCUUGCCGACAUCAGAUCAUUUCAACGGCUUCGGUGUUGAGUCACAUGAGUCCCUGAAUAUGAAUGAUCUCCGUUGCCCUCGCCGCUGCCUCAGAACCCCUCAAGUCUGACGGUGUAAUUACGGGGCCGACUGUUUUCCUGCUUGGAUUAAUAACAUUUAAUCUGCGGCGUCCCGCGGUGAGACCAUUCUGCUCCCUGCUUCUGCUGCGCGUCCCGCAGUCGGACCUCAUUAUUACUGUCAGUGUGACCAAAACACCCAAGUGGAACUGUGAGACCUCCAGAGACGGCGGUUUGCUUCUCCUGCCGCCCGCCGCUGUUAAUAGCUUCUGCGAGCUGAAGCUAGGAAGAAGAGCUUUGAGAGGCUAAAAUCUGCUGUCGGUGGUGAGGCUGAGGCUCCGCAGACAACGCCAGAGAAUGGAGACUGACUCUUUCCAUCGGGAGAAGACCGUUGCGACGGUAAUGCAGCCUCACUCCUAAAUCAUCGUGACUAUCCCUGCAGCCCUUUCACUUUGGCACCUCAUUGACCGACCAGUGGCGAGCUGAUGCUUUAGCAGCCAGCUAGCCUCAUCCAGGUACUGACCUCCUGCAGCUCGGCUGGGUGGCGAGGGACCGCUUGGGGACCAGGUGGACCUGAGUCGUUGGAGCAGUUCAGGGCGCAAUGUUUGGUUUAAUGACUCAUCCGGAGCUCCGGAGUCGCAGGUUUGGCUGCAUUGUCUUCUGCUGAGCGCCGUCAUGGCCGUGUGACGUUAGACGAGAUCAGAAGUUCCUUCAGCACCCAUUUCCUCUGGACGUUACCGUGUUCCUCUUAUGUGCGCUGCUGUCAAACAAGCCGUCUUCACUCCCAUGGCGCCAUGUUGGUGUGGGGGAAGUGGACGUUUGCGUCCUAUACUGAGCGUUGCAUGUUGACAUACAUGUGUGAGGCACUGCCCGCAGCAUCAGGUGGAACAUGUGCUUCAACUGAGAACCUGAUGCGUCAACUCAACAUGCAGCGCUUCCUUGGGCCUCAGUGUGUCCCAACAUCAGCGUUUGACACCGUGGUAGCCCGCUUGUGUUGCACUCAGCUGAGGUUUUCAGGGACUGUCAGCUGUGUCAUGGGGUCACCUUUAGCUGUGUCUGUCGACCAUCUAUGACGAUGCUAGCUCCAUAAGGAUGCAGCUCCUUGCACGUUGGUUUUGGCCCAAAAACACCUUUGUUGUUGUCUCUAGAGCGUUUGAAGGCUUCCAGACCCAAAGAGUGCAUCUCUGUGGGAUGGACUCACAUGUCUACCUUGAAGCCGCUGAAGGUGUUCAGACCGCCGCCUUCUGCGCCUUGGACUGUUUUCAUCUGUCGCUGAACGCGUGUGUCCUUGAGCCUGCGCUGACGGUAGACGGCGGUGCGCUCCGCCGUGCGUGCCGCUGCUUUCAAAGGAGGAACCACAGCAGAGCCUGGAGGAGCCGUUUGUGCUGUGAGUUCUUUGUGUUUUGUACAAGUGCAGGAGAACGUUGGAGGAAGGUCCUUGUCUUCGACGUCCAUCUUACGGGCUGCGUGAGCAAUGAACUGGCUGAGCGAGUUAAGCUGGAGCUAAUGAGCAAGUCCAAGUCUGUGAAGUUAGAGAGGGCUGUGUUGCAGGUCAUCGGAGGGAAGUUGCGAAAAGCUUCUCUGUGAUUCUGAGAAAAACCAGAGCAGCAGAACAGAGAGGCGAACUGGAGAUUUCACCGACUGGCAACUACUGGUGGCGCGUCUGGGGGCGCGUUGUCAUGGCGACGGCAUGUUUUCCUGACACCGUGCCGCUCUUUUAAUAAGCCACGCUUUGUUUUUGCCCCAAAAUAGAGCUCUUGCUUUGGCUCUAGAGCGAUCCAAGGCCAACUGACCAGUGUAUCCAGUGCAUCUGGUGUGUUCUCUUUGUUUGUCAAGCCGAACCAAAGAGGAGGGACGGAUGUUUGGCGUCGAUGGUUCAGAGCGUCUGAGGCCGCACGAGUGACGGCCGACCGGCCGGCUGGGAUGGUGCCGGGAUGCCUUUUCCUGGCUACAGAUGUAGCGGCGCAUGUGUCCUUGAGCCUUGAUGUCGACUGCUGAUGGCAGCGGUGUGUUUAUAUGUGUGUGUGUCUGCAGGCCGGGAGGGGCCGCAAUUAAAAGGCAGCACCGGGUCCCACGAGGUGCUUCAGCCCAGGAUCAGCUGUUCUAAUGUCAUUCACCUCCCCUCUGUUAUACAGCCGCUCCGUUUGAUGUAUGGAUCCACCGGGGACUUCAUCAGUGCACCCCCCCCCCAGCCCCCCUGCCACAAUGCUAUCCACCUCUCUUAUACCCCCACACUAACCUACCCCCUGACGGCGGUGCAACCCCUCCUCCUCCUCCUCCUCCCCCUCCUCCUCCGCUCGCACAGAACCUCCCCUUCUGUGUCUGAUGCUCGCGUUGGCUUCCAUCCUGCUCACAGUAAGCAGAGUCGCGCCGCGGACCGUGAGCAGAGAGUGAGAACGCCGGAGCGUGCACGUUGUCUGCGCGCCGCUCGCCGUCCUGCCACCGCUGCACUAGACGCGCCAGGAAGAAGGGAUCGUAGCCUGAAAGAGGACGGGGAAGAGAGAGAGAGAGAGAGAGAGAGAGAGAGAGAGGAUCUCCCGGCUACAUGCGCAAAGCGUCCUGUCAGCCCGCGCUCCGCUCCAUGGCCAACUCCGGCUGCCUGCUGCUCUCCGCUUCCGGGAUGCUACCCCACUCGCUCCAGUGUCCCCCCCCUGCCUUCCUCUACCUGCCCGAGGGUAACCAAGAGGCCGCCAACCCCCCUGACGCCAUGGCCCAGCCGUACACCCCAGCCCAGUAUCCGCCCCCGCCACAGAACGCCAUCCCGGCCGAAUUCGCUGCCGCGCACCCGCUCCCCUCGCAGGACUACAGCAGCCAGAGCCGGGUCCCCGAGCACGCCAUGACCUUGUACACGCAAACGCACAGCGAGCCCGCCGGCAGCGACGGCAGCACGGCCAACAUCACCGCCACCACGACCGCCCCGGUCAGUGUCUUCACCACUGGCUGUCAGCAAACAGACGACGUGACGCCAACAGAAGCGUCGCAGCAGCUGCAGCUCCAGCACUCGGACUCCUCAGAGAAGCAGCAGCCGAAGAGGUUACACGUCUCCAACAUUCCCUUCCGCUUCCGGGACCCGGACCUACGGCAAAUGUUUGGGCAAUUCGGGAAGAUUUUGGACGUGGAGAUUAUCUUCAACGAGCGAGGAUCCAAGGGCUUCGGCUUUGUCACUUUUGAAACAAGCACAGACGCAGACCGUGCGCGGGAGAAACUAAACGGUACAAUCGUAGAGGGACGCAAAAUAGAGGUCAACAACGCCACGGCGCGAGUCAUGACCAACAAGAAAGUGGCCAACCCUUACACCAACGGCUGGAAGCUGAAUCCAGUAGUGGGCGCCGUCUACGCUCCGGAGCUGUACGCUGGUGAGAACCUUGGCUUGUGUCUCCCUCCACACACGCCGACACGCGGCUCCACCGUGCAGCCGGCGCACAUGAAAUUCCUCUUAGAUUCAGUCACGGGGUUUCCCUACCCCGCCACAGGAGCCGCCGUGGCCUAUCGAGGGGCCCACUUGCGAGGUCGGGGUCGGGCCGUGUACAACACCUUCCGCACCGCUCCGCCGCCUCCGCCCAUCCCUGCUUACGGAGCGGUGGUGUACCAGGACGGCUUCUACGGCGCGGAGAUCUAUGGAGGAUAUGCAGCGUACAGAUUUGCUCAGCCAACCACCACUGCAGCUGCGUACAGUGACAGCUACGGCAGAGUCUAUGCAACGGCGGACCCCUACCACCACACGAUCGGACCCGCCACCACCUACAGCGUGGGGACCAUGGCUAGCCUGUACAGAGGAGGGUACAGUCGCUUCACCCCCUACUAGCGCUCAAAUCCGGAGAGAGACACUCGUAAAAAAGCACUCUCUAAACCACAGCUGAUGAUGGGACGUUAGUGCUAAGUUUGGAGGUUGUGACCUCCGUGAUGUCAUCAGUGAUCUGCUGUUUAUUUUCACGCUGUUGUUUUGGGACGUGAGUUGUGGUGCUAUGCCAGCGAUGGUACGUGCUCGGGGGCAGACGACAACGAUGAGCGGAGCGAAGUGUGAUGUCACCGAUGUCAACUCAUCGACUGCUCGUGUGCGCGGAGCUCGGAAACAUGACUGCGCACUCAGGUUUUAGCCCUCAGUUUCAUGCUACACUCGCCGCCAACACACUGAUGGACUUCACCCCAAAACAGAAUGAGAACAUUGAAAAUCUUCCAGAAGUUAACAUAAACAUUGAGCGUGUGAAGGUAGCCACUGCAUGCUCGGCGACAAAGGCCACCUGGCCAAACUGAAUGUUAUUUGUGUGCAACCUGCAGAGCGGUUGCUUGGCUCUCACAAACUCUGUCGUGUCACUAAAGCCGUCAGCUUCAUUUUCAGCUGAGGCAAUUGUGUCCUCCAAGAAAGUACUUUCCGAGCAGCGUUCCAUUUUUAAAUCAUCGUAAAUCCUUGUCGCGAACGCCCUACAACUCCACAGUUCAUUCUGUCUUCACGUUCAUUCUUCAGCUUUACGUUGGAACUGGUGACUGACAUCGAAAGGUGAUGACGCUCUUCCACAUCCAGACAGAAGAAAUGUCGCCAAAAGUUCCACGACUAUCAUUGGAAACAGCGUCCGGAGCGCUGAAUGGUAGUUCCACUUGUGUAAUGCCUCCCAGCUAACCGUGAUUUUGAGUGUCGCACAAGUUCAACCUCAGGACGACAGGACGCGCAUACACAGCUAGCUAGCUCCUUUCACAGCUUUGCCAAUCCAUUUCGUUCACACGCAGAGGUGCGUUCCACACUGCUCCUCUAUGCUGCCGACUCAGUUGUUCACGUCCACGCGUGGAGUGAGCUGCAUGGGGAAGUGUGUAAACUAGCUGUCGGUUGGCUAGCGUACGAACGUGGCAUUCGCAUCUGAUGACCAGAUUUCAGUGCAGCUCAUGAACUACUGGCUGGAGUCAGUAUUGUUGAUAAAAGUGUUUUUGUUUUUUUAUUCAUGUUUUUGAUGACUGAAGCGCGGCGUGUCCGGCUUGUUUGUACAUUUAUAGGUUGAGAAACAGGAACUCUUCUGUCUGUGAAGUUGUUCUGUGCGUCAUUUCGGUUUUCAAGCUUCAAUUUCUUCACUUGUUUCUAACUUGUGCUGAAAAUGUGUUUUCUUUGAACUCUGGUGUUGGUCACGUGCGACAGGACGUCUUAGCAUUACUGACAGUGAAUGUUGCGUAUUAACACUCCCGGCGUCCCUGUGGUCACAUAUGCACAAGGCAGUCGUGCUAACGCUACAAGCUGUUUACAAGGUGACAGCUCAUCGAGAUCAUAGCUGUUCAGGACCGGCGAUACGCGACCGUAACAGGAAGUAGAUGUGCUAGGUCGCCAUGAACGUGGACGGCACAGGUGGAGUGGGCGCUCGGACCCUGCAUUGCAUGGCGCAGAAUCUAAGAUAUGGCUCCGAUCUUUUGUCAAACCUCCCAUUUCCAUUGUAUAACAACAUUGCUUCAAACUUGUCCAGUAUAAAUAAGACAUUCACAAUGGCCGCUCCACCCGUGAGUCAUGUGACAACAGGGACGAACGCGUUUCUUCUCGUCUGUCUGAGACUUUAUUUUCAAACGGACGAAUGUUUGUGCUAACAUUUCCAUGCUUUAUAUGCUGAAUAUGCAAACAGAUGCGAAACAAAAGAGUGAAUAACUUGUAGUUUCCUAUUAGAAGAUAAAUAUAUUUAUUACUGUUGUGGAGAACACGGAAGAGGCCGGCUGCUUCACUCCCUCGUCCACCCAGAUCAUUUGUACUCAAACAAACAAAAAACAACCUGUGUUGGUCGACACAUUAAUAAAUGUCGAGUGUUGGGUUGUACUUGGUCUGUUCUCGACCUCCUUCAUCCGACUGUACAGAAUAAUGAGUCACGGUAAUGUGGUUUCUUUGUCUUGGAAUAAACGCUGAAGUGAACAUCCACUGUGCAUGUGGUCUUCCAUUGAUGCCUGAAGAACAGCCGUAACAUUCUGACCAGAAAACAGACUCACUGACAUGAGCCAGCCUGGCUUUCAUACGCUAGAAAGAAGGCUUGAGGAGCUCAAACAAGUCCUACCCUGACUCAGUGAAGGAGUGGGUCCGAGGUGGGCCCGACUCAAACGCAAGAAGAGCGGUGGAGGGUGCGGCAACUGAAGCGAGCUGAUGCUUGCUGGUCCAUGUGCGAUGCAGCUCUACGAAUGUA